AUACGAAAGUCCUGAAAGCCCGCAAAUGUCAAACAUACGCCUGGGGGAUUUUUUAAGAGGCACAAAUGGAUCCUAGAAAAGAAGAAACCGUCGGAGAUAAAAUAAAGAAAUUAUUUAGUGCCAAAGACCAUCCUAAAGAAAAGCAGAAAGAUAAAUAUGGUAAAGAUUCAAGGCGCAGCGAAUCACCACCAUCAUCUUCAAAUAUGAGUAAUAUAAGCGAUGACGAAAUUGAACGGAAGUUCUUGCAAAUGUUAGAGGAUAUGAAUUUAUCGAAGGACCAAACUAUAUCUUUGAGAGAAAAACCAAUAAAAACAAAGCUUGAAAUGCUUGAAACAUAUGGUAAAAAUCUUGGGUCUGCGAAAAAUGCCCCGGAUUAUUGUGCUAGGUUCUUGUUAGUUCCACAAAACUAUUCGCCAAAGCAGUUGCUGAACGCAUUGGAAAAUCUUCGUGUAAACUUGUCGAAUAAUGGUGUGAGUUGGGUUCGAGAAUUUAACAGUACAUCUAACAAUGGUCUGAAUAAUUUGUUACACUUUCUGGCGCUUACUCUGACGAAUUAUUACCCAGGUUGUGCACUACCCUGUUUACGUUGUAUCCGUGCGCUUGGGAAUUGCGGUUAUGGUUUAUAUGCCCUGGUAGACCAUGAAAGUGCAACUACAUUUAUCGCUAAAUGUCUGGACAGUGAUCAGUUACCUUUGGUGGAUUGUGCCAUAGAGCUCUUAUCUAGUAUCGCGCUAUGCAAUGCUAAAGGUUACAAGAACGUUCUGGAGGGAUUAACAUUUAGUGAAGAACCUAAUGGGGCAGCAGGUGAACGCUUCAUGCCCUUAGUUAAAGCCUUAGAUUGUCCUGAAGUCUCGCGGGCCUCGUUGCAGUUCAUUAAUGUUCUAGUUAACCGCAGUUGUCUUGAUGAAAGCUCUUUCGAUGUUGACUACAGAGUCCACCUACGGUGUGAGUUUAGCAGUUUAGGAAUUAUUGAUAAGCUUAAUAAACUCGAAAAGUCAUUGGACUCUGACAUCCAAAAUCACGUGACAAUCUAUCGUUCUAGAGCUGAUCAAGACUUGGAUGAUGUUUUUGAGCGACUAGAUUCAGUUAAAUGUGAUUUAGAUGAUGCUAACCAGAUUUUCCACAUUCUACAUCGUACCAUUAUGGGAACAAAGUCAGAGAAGCAUUUUUUGUCAAUACUGCAGCAUUUUCUUUUUAUCCGUGAUGAGCCUUAUAGAUUGGCUUACUUUACUCUUCUGGAAGAACUAAUUGGUCAAGUUUUGAUUCAAAACGAUGGCGUUGAUCCUGAUCCUCACAUGAACAUUCUGCGCUUGGACGUUGAAAGUACUGUAGCAUUGCUGGUAGAUGCACUAAAGGAAGCCGAUGCCUCAACUCGCGUUGAGGAGCUCCAGGCUAAGUUAGAUACUGCCCUUCAAGCUAAAUUAGAAGCAGAAGCCAAAGUACAGACAUUACAAAGUCAAUCAGGUUCGGCAGAUGGGUCUACAAUGAAGCCUCCUGGACUAAAUGCAAGCAUACCACCACCCCCAGGUGUUCCUCCACCACCACCCCCACCUAUGGGAGGUGUUCCACCACCGCCACCCCCACCACCUUUAGGUGGCGUUCCUCCACCACCGCCGGGUAUCCAGCCACCUAAACCUCCUUCAAACGAACUCCCUUUCGGAAUGAAACCAAAAAAGAAAUACACUCUGGAUGUUCCUAUGAAAAAGGCUAAUUGGGAAAAAAUUAAGCCUAAUAUGCUUGAUAAAACCUCUGUCUGGGUUCAGCUUCGUGAAGAAGAGCUUGAGUGUUUUGAUUUGUUGAAAAAUCUUAGAGCUCAAUUUAGUACAAAGCCAGCUAAAGUGAUGGUGUCUGAUUCCACAUCAGAUGGUAUGGCUGCAGGCGGAAAUCUACAAGGUAUUCAGUCUCGUAAAACAAAAAAGCUAAGGUAUUUGGACGAUAAAGUGGCUCAAAACUUGUCAAUUCUUCUGGGUUCACUUAAAGUACCGUAUGAUGAACUUCGUCGGCGUAUUCUAACUGUAGAUGAAAGUCUGUUAACUCCGAAUAUGUUAGAGCAGCUGGUUAAAGCACUACCCGAACCAUCAGUCAUUUCAAAGAUAAGUUCACUUGCAGAUGAGUAUGAGACACUAGCGGAACCUGAACAAUUCGUGUGCAAAGUUGGUGAUAUCAAGAAACUCAUACCUAGACUAAAUUCGAUUCUGUUUAAGAUGAGAUUUAGUGAAAAACUAAAUGAAGUAAAGCCUGAGAUAGUUGAUGUAGACGAGGCGUUGGAGGAGAUACAUUCCAGCAAACAUUUCAGACGUAUCUUGGAGUUGGUUCUCCUGUUAGGCAAUUAUAUGAAUGCGGGUUCCAAUAACUCAGAAGCAGUUGGAUUUGAAAUUAGUUUUCUAACCAAGUUAGAGGCAACAAAGGAUGUCUCCAAUUCUCAAACGUUACUUCACUUCUUGAUUGAUUCUCUUGAUCAAAAAUUCCCAGAAACUGUUAAGGGAUUUCUGGAUGAUUUCUCGCAUGUUGAACGAGCUUGUCGUGUUUCCGAGGAUUGUCUAAAAGCCAACAUUGCGGAGAUGAAGAAGUCCGUUUCCAAUAUUGAUACAGACCUACAGACAUACAAAGCUCAAGAUCCUAACGACAAUUACAUUUCUGUUAUGCAGGAUUUCGUUGUAUUUGCUAAAGAACAGAUGUCACAGUUAGAAAUGAUGCAUAAACGGAUGCAGGGUAAAUUUCUGACGGUUUCUAAGUACUUAGCAUUUGAGCCUAACAAAUACCAUAUGGAAAACUUAUUUUCUGAUUUGAAAGACUUCCACGUUGCCUUUAAACGUUCUGCUUCUGAUCUGGCUAAAAAGCGUGCGUUGGAAGAGAAAAUGAAAAAGGCACGAGAGGAGCAAGCACGCCGUCUGCGUGAACGUGAGGAUAAGGCUCUUUUGAAUAAUUCAGGACCCAGAGCACCUACUGAGGAAGAAGGGAACGUCAUUGAUAAUUUGAUGGAAGCCCUAAAGUCUGGUGCUGCUUUCGCCAAUGGAGGUGAAAGGUCAGCCGCCAGGCGUAAUCGAAAGAAUGCAAACCCAGCCGCUGCUAAUCUCGCAUCAGUUGUCUCACCAUCAGCACUUCGACAAAGGCAGUUAAUGCGUGCCAGAUCUCGUAACUAUGGUGACUUACCUCGUUCAGUUGUCGAUGUAGCAUGAAGCACUUGAUUUUCUUUAUGCCUUUUAAGAGUUUAUAUAAAAAGCGCCUCAAACCUUACCCUAAAGAACUUUUUUAAAGUGUUUUAUAAAUAAUUUGCAACCUUUCAGAUUCAAGCAUAUGUUGUAUUUUCAUUUUUAUUAUUUGUACAGUCUCUUCAUAAAUUUCAUCCAUAAACUUAUGUAAAUUUUUCACGUAAACUUGUACAUUUUCGAUUUCGUGUAGUAUAUAAUUUUUUCUGA